AUGGCCUCCCUCUUCCGCAAGAAAGACAAGCCCCCCAAGACCGCCCACACCCUCUCACCCACCCCCAGCGCCGACUCGCACCCUGCCAGUGCGUCCAGAAAGGGUGGAAAGCAUGUGAGCUUUGAUGAAUUCGGCGCCUCGAAUGACCGCACUGGUGCGAGAACACUCCCCGCCCGCCAAGUCCAUCUCCUCACUCCCCCCUCCUCGCCCCCCUCGUCCCCUGCUCCUUUACUACCCCCCAAGUACUCCUUCUGCCCCACCCACAUCCCACCCAAUACCACAUCCGACAACUCUAUCGAUUCCUUCUCGUACUCGGCAGAAGAGAUCCAGAGGAACGGGGGAGAGUUUGCGCGGCAGUAUGGCUUUUUGAAUGGGAUUGGAAGGGACAUAUCGCUCAGCUUGGGAGACGUUGGGCGGGUGAUCAAGGUCGUUGGGGAGGAGCUCGAGAGCAGGGCUCUCGCGACUCCCAUGUUGUUCUCAAACCAGGCCCUCGAACUAUCCCAAACCCGGACAAAGAUGCUGAUACAGUCAUUCAUCGAUACCAUCUCCACGUCCGGUCGUCAGUCCCAUUCCAAGCUCGAGUCAUUCCUCCAAGACAUCAAGUUUGCCAAAGAACACGAGCUGGCCUGGCUGUUCCGCUGGGCGCUCAGCAGGAUCACGCGUGUCAAGGAGGGUGCCAGAGUCAUCUGUCACGGCGUGAUGGAGUGGGAAGUGUACGAAGAGUGGCGUGGCCGCGAGCGAGUGGCGGGCUACCCACCCGACGCAUUCCCCUACAUGAAGCAGCUCGUCCCCCCCGACGUCUACACCCUCAUCCUCUCCCCCCUCUUCCACCUCCUCUCCCGCUUCGCCGCCCACUCCCACCUCUCCGGCCUCACCCCGCACGCCCUCGCAUCCCUCUUCGCCCCCCUCUUAUUCGACAUCCCCACCUCCAUCCCCGCGCUCGCCUCCCACACCCUCUUUGUCAGGGCGGCUUGUGCAACAGAGCAUGUGUUGCUGGCUUAUAUCCGCUCAAGCGGCGGGACAGGGACAGGCUCCGUCUUGACAGGUUUACCAUCGAGGCUCAAAGCAUGGGUGCACAACUACCCCUCCAUGCUCGCCUCCGACGCCGACCUCGCCCGCGGUUCCCCGCGCAAAGGCGCACGUAUCGUCCCCUGCCAUCGCGCCUCCCGCACCGUCCGCGCGUAUACCCCCGACUUGGUGUCUACCGCGGAAGGCUGGGCGGCCGAGCUGGGGCUGCCGGCGGGGGAAAAGUGGGAAGCGUGGGAUAGGGUGGUGUGGAAAGCUCGCAGGGGGGAGAGGGGGAGGGCGCAGUUGAGCGCGGGGUGGAAGAGGCGGAUGGCGGUCAAAUCGCUCCCUCCGCCGCCGCACACCCCUUCCCCGCACACCCCCGGGCUCGGGAGGCCCACGUCGAACGCUUCCACCCUCUCCCUCGCGUCCACCCUCUCCCCCCUCUCCCUCUCCCUCUCGUCCCUCGGCAAGAAAGAUGAAGAGGAAGAAGAAGCGCGUUAUGGCAGUCUGGCGGGCAAGGAGUGGACGUUGUUUGAAGAGGGCGGGUUCGAUUCCGGUAGGGGGAGUGGGAGUGGGGGUGGGGGUAGAAGGCGGGGGGACGAUUUUGGGAGCAAGUUGCAGUUUGACUUGAACGAGAGUGCAAAGAUGAGUAUCUCGGAACGCCGCCAAACGAUGGACUGGUCCGAAUUCGCCUCCGCCUCUGGCGGCUUCACCCGCACCGACCCCCUCCUCUCCUCCACCCUCUCCUUCUCCCCGCCCCUCGCGUCUUCCAUCGCCCAGUGGCCGAGGGAGAAGGAACAGCUUUCGAGACGGCUGUAUAAGGCGGAGAAGGAGGCGGUGGGGUUUGGGUGGGAUACUACACCCCACGUGGGCGUCGGCGUCGGCGUUGCCGCUGCGCAGGAGGGAGGGGGGGUGAGUGUGGAUGGGAAGGGGAGGGUUUAUGUGGAAGAGGCGUGGGUGGAUUGUUGGUGUGAUUUGAUGGUUGGCGGAGGGUGGGUGGAGAGGGAGGAGAGGACGUUCAGGGAGGCGAAUUGGGUCAUUAUAGAGUACAAGGCUCGGCCGUCAAAGGGGCCUACGGUACCGGAUCCCAUGAGCGACCCGCGUACUUCGUCUCUUUAUAUACUUUUCGAAGAGCGAGUGCCACUUGAGUACCAACAUGCCCUCGCCGACCCUAAACAAAAGAAAUCAUUCGGCCUCUUCUCCCCCAAAAGCAAACCCAAAAAACGGCAUCCCUCCACCACGCCAAACGCCACACCCCAAUCCCGCAUCCCCUCAUCCUACUCUGCGCCCAACGCUCUCUCCUCACCGUCCUACGGCUCCUCACCGUCCUACGGCACCUACGGCUCCUACGGCGGCCGGGACGAUUUUGACAAGAUGCUUUCAAGAGGCGGGGUCACGAAAAAAGUCAGUUUGAACAGGCAGCAGGAGAGUAGCGUCUGGCACCAGUCUACGGCGCCUUUGCCUGUUGAUGUUGGCGAGGCGAACGCCAGCGCUUUGCCCGUCAGGUCGCCUUUCAAGAUGCACCGAACCCGCAGCGCCGAGAAGGACGACCGGACGGACCGAACCGACCGAUCCAACUUUUUCUCGUCCAAGAAGGGUGGUGGUCUGCGCCGUGAAAAGUCGUCUUCCGAGCUCAAAAAGACGUCCCCCUCUGGUUCUGGUCCCUCCGACAAGGUCAAGGUACCGUCGCCGUCAAAGAAGGAGCGAGAGAGGCAGAAGGAGCAGAAUGUGGAGUUUGAGGUGAACAGUGCGAGCGGGUUGAGUAGUGUUGAGACGAGUCCGAGACAGGAAGAUGACAAGUGGAUGGAUAUACUCGUCUCCGGCCCCGGUCGACUCAGCGCCCAAGACUACCCUGCCCCCGUCCUCAAACGAUCCGCCAGCGGCCUCCCCGCCUCUCCCCACCCUCCCUUCUCCCGCGAUCCCCCAGCGCCCUCUGGCCACACGCACCUCCCAACCCCCGAAGACGACGAUAUCGUCACCCCCCGCGCCUCCCAGUCCGACCCUUACCCCGAAGUUGCCGAAGGCGGCGCCGAAGAGCAAGAGGUAGAGCGUCAGAGGUCGAUCAAGAGGAAGGCCGUGCCGCACGAGUAUGCGGACGAAGGGAGCGAUGUGGGAGGGGGGUUCGAGCCCGUCACGCCUGGGGCGGAGGACUGUUCCCUGCCUUCCCCGACGACGGCGGCGGCGGCGGCGGCGAAACGCGACGGGAAGGAGAUGGAGAUGGAGAUUCACGCACCAACGCCGAGGCGGGAUAGGGAUACGAUCCACGGUAUCGUCGCCCAAUACGCUUCCUCCUCCUCUUCCCCCACGCCUUCCCACCCCCCUCCUUUACCGAAAGACGACGCCCCCGCCCGCGAUUCUGAAGACUCGAACGCCACCUCCAAUUCCAAUGCUGCCCGUGGCCGACGCGACUCUGGCAAGUUUUCCGACGCUACCGGGGAGGAGGAGACGUUGGAGCCUGUUGUGGGGGGGGAUGAUUUGAGGCCGCCAGAGAAGGGAGUGUUGUUUGAUUUGACGCCGGGGAGGGAGCCGAGUCCGGCGAGGUAUAGGCAUGGAGAGCCAUUGCAUUUUGUUGGGGAAGAGCCAGAGCUCGAAGACGACACCUACUGA